AUGUCAGCAUGUCAGAAUCUUCUAGUCAACGCGGAGAUGAAGGCGCGAAAUUCACUUUCUGGACGAACGUUGGCCCGAGCUAAGCAAAAUGGUAGCCCCGAUAAGUAUCUAGAAGUCAUAUCUAGGCUCUGGUGUCACUCGUCCGAUUGGCAUCGCCCUAAGACCGCAUAUGCUUCAAGGUCCGCCGUGCUUUUAUUCGUGUGGAGCAUAUCUUACGUGGAGAGGGGCAUGCGAAUAGUCAAGCUUUUUGGCUUGCCUCCGAUCGAGGGCACGAAUGACAAUAAUUGUGGUCCAUAUGUGGUCAAUUCUUGCAUGGAAGGGGUCAUACUCUCAUGGAAGGAAUCAUACUCGCAUGGAAGGGAAUCAUACUCGCAUCUAGUAGUAACGUGUGAGUUUCUGCGCAGCGGCAGUGUUGUUAACGAAAUGGUGAUCGAGCCUUGCGAGAUGGAUGUGUUCUUUAUUUCUUCCGUGGACGACUUCUAUGCAAGUGUCAAUCGUCUAAGCCUUAUCCCCAUUACAUGGAUAUUGAGGGGCAUUGCAAAAUGCAAUAUGGUGCAUAAUCUACACCUGAUUGAGCGCAUUGCAUCCGCUGCGAAGCAAUUGCUGGAGAGGCACAAUCGGAAGUUUUUACGCCUUGUCAAGGUUACCGGACGGUUUAAUAGAGAGCCAGCACAACUUCGUGACGCCACAAAGGAACCCGAUAAUAUCCAUGUCAAACCCGAUAACACAUUCGAGUUCCUCACGAAGGCAGAAGAUAUGUCCUCGAGGGGAAAUAAUCGUGGUGCUCGCAUGCCAUUGGCUCCAAGCCACGAAAUGAACAGUGGUGCUCGCAUGCUAUUGGCCCCAAGCCACGAAAUGAACACGUCUAAAUGCUUCCAACAAUGCCACUGGCUCGCAAGAUCGUAUUUUCCGCUGGAAUUCGGUGGUCACCAGGCCCAACCAUGA